AUUAUAAAAUUUUAUUUAUAGGACUUCCUUCCUUAGGUUUUCGGGGGUGCUGAGCCGUAGGAGGGUUUCUGCAGAUCCAAAUCGUCGGCAUCUCUUUCCGGCGUCCCUUUCGCCUCCUCUGCUGAGUCUCUACCUUUAUCUCGUUCUCUCUCUCGCCCGCCUUCAUCGUCUCCGUCUCCGUCUCCGCUGGUUCUCGUCAUGUCGGGAGAGGAGGAAGAGAACGCUGCUGAAUUAAAGAUCGGGGAUGAGUUUUUGAAGGCCAAAUGUCUGAUGAAUUGUGAAGUUGCUCGAAUUCUCGAUCACAAAUACGAUCAACUCCAGCAGAUGUCUACUGAUCCUACAAACCAGAUCUCCCAAGUAUUUGAGAAAUCAAUGCAAUAUGUCAAACGCUUUAGUAACUACAAGAACACAGAUGCAGUGAGGCAAGCACGAGAAGUUCUAAGCAGAUACAAAUUAGCGGAGUUUGAGCUUUGUGUACUGGGAAAUCUCUGUCCUGAUACUGUUGAAGAAGCUAUUGCAAUUGUCCCAUCUAUCAAGAGCAAAGGUCGGAAGCUGGAAGACGAUGCGAUUGAGAAAAUGCUGCACGAUCUCUCGUUGAUCAAGAAAUUUGAGUAGCACGCUAACACGAUGGAUGGAGUAAUUGCUGGAACCAACACUGAUAGUCGAGGCAUUGCUCUUAGAAUCGAUAUGUUGUGCCCACUGUUUAAUUCUAUCGCAGGAAACUGGUGCUUUGGAUACAAGCAUUGUAGUAGUAGGAAUUGUCCGUUGGUAGUGUUGCACUUUUGUUUUAAGAUCAGCUUUACACUUUAUAAAAUUAUAAUUAUUUUAA